AGCCAUAAGUGCUACUUGACCACUAUCUACCUUUACCCUUACCACUAUAUCCCGUGUUCAUGGCCGCAGCGCCAUCAUACAUCUCAGUUCUCAAGGCUGAAUUCGACUACGACCCACAGCCAGAUGCAGAUGAUGAGCUAGCAAUCAAGGAGGACCAGGUGUUGCUGCUUCUGGAACGUACAGACGAAGAUUGGUGGAAAGUCAGGAUCAGGACUGAGAGUCAGGAUGACGAAGGCCCUUCUGGGUUGGUGCCCGUUGCGUAUGUUAAGCCAGCUCCACAUACCUCAGUAGUGAAGAUCCUGUAUGAUUAUGAAGCCACGCAACCCACUGAGCUCACAAUCAAAGAGGACGAGAUCCUUUACGCAUACGACCAGGACGAGGGCUGGCUACUGGUUGGGGACAAGGAAGGUACUAGAGCUGGAUAUAUUCCGGGCAACUACGUCGAGGAGGUAGAUGAGGAUGCUGAAGCUUCAGAAGUGCCAUCGUCGGGACCUUCACUGUCGCAGAUAGUCGUACCUCCAUCGCCUCCUCGCCCCGCAUAUGUCGACCCUGCGGACAGAGUAGCAUCGAACAAAGCGCAGGCGGACGACAUACAAACUUGGGCUGUCUCUGAAGUCGACAAGAAAGGUAAGAAGAAGAAAGGCACUCUAGGUGUUGGCAAUGGCGCCAUUUUCUUUGCAAGUGAAUCCGACAAGGUCUGUACAUGCACCCUACCAUCUCGUACAUUCAUCCUGUCAACUCACAUCAUCAUGACCCUACAGACUCCAGUCCAGAAAUGGCAAACGUCAGAUAUCCAGUCGGCCAAGAUCGACAAAUCCAAACACAUCCUCGUUGAUAUUGGCGGUCCUUCUGCCAUCAGUCUACACUUCCAUGCGGGUUCCAAAGACACCGCCGAAGCCAUCCUUGCCAAACUUGAAUCUUCUCGCGCCCUAUCAGGUGCUCCCGGUCCUUCUACAUCCCCACCACCAGAACAACCUGAGCGUCCUCGAAGCACCGCUCCCAAAGCCGUGCACUUCGAUGCCUCGGAACCAGAGAUCAUACCAGCUCCCCCAACGGUCGAGGAUGAGGUUGAAUCUGAACCAGAACCGGAGUACCCUCAUGAACAACACGAGGAAGAAGAGAUUCCACAGGGUGGCGAACCGGCGAUUGUCCUUUAUGACUUCACUGCGGAUGGCGAGGAUGAACUAAGCGUUCGUGAAGGUGAGACAUUGCUGGUUUUGGAGAGAGACGGAGACGAGUGGUGGAAAUGUCGAAAUCAAGACGGUCUCGUCGGGGUCGUCCCUGCAAGUUAUGUCGAGCUUCUCCCUGGCGCAAACGGCGUAGUACCGACGGUGGCUGUUGCAGCAGAGGACGAUUCUGCUGCUGUGGCCGCGCGCGAAGCCGAAGAGCGUGAAGCAUCUAAACGCGAUUCUGCUGACCGUGAACGACUAGAGAAAGAGCGAGCCGAGAAGGAACGCAAAGCUCAAGCAGAACAACGCGCGAAGGCCGCUGCUCUUGCUGCAGAAGCGGAUCGACGUCGGCGUGAACAGGAGCGAGAGAAGAAGGAAAGAGAACGAGCUGCGAUAGCUGCUGCUGAAGAGGAAGCACGGAGGAAGAAACAGGCUCAGAAAGAUAGGGAAUCCAGCGAGGGUUCCAAAUCUCCUCGAAAGUCUGAUAGUUCUCGCUCUUCUCUUGACAAACGUGGCCCUCCCACAGGCGGCGUCCGCACUUGGCAUGACAGAAGCGGUCAAUUCAAAGUAGAUGCCGCUUUUCUCGGGUUUGCCAACGGCAAACUGAGGCUACACAAGAUAAAUGGCGUCGUCAUUGAAGUUCCUGCUGAGAAGAUGUCCCCUGAGGAUAUGCGCUACGUGGAAAAGAUGACAACCAAACCAAGCGUCAAGUCUGACGAUGACGAUGAGCCACUAGAGAACCGCCGCAGAUCUUUGGUACCAGCAGCUCGUGCUGCUGCCCCGCCACCGAAGAAGGGACCCACCAUUGAUUGGUUUGAAUUCUUCCUUGGUGCUGGUUGUGAUAUUGACGAUUGCACUCGAUAUGCUCAAUCCUUUGAGAGGGACAAGAUCGACGAAGCCCUGUUGCCUGAUAUUACUGAAUCGGUUAUGCGUUCUUUGGGUUUACGGGAAGGAGAUAUUAUUCGUGUCAAGAAGGCUAUAGAGCAGCGGCAGCCCAGACGUGACGAGAAAGCUGAACAGCUUCGCAAGGACGAGGAACUUGCCAGACAAUUGCAAGCUGAGGAGAACGGCAGCAAGAGAGGUCAAGCACCCAACCUGUUUGCUGGACCCAAUGGUGCAUUGAAGAACAACAGUGUGCGGAGGGGUCGUCCACAGCCAAGCAAAAGUCUUCCUCCUGCCACCGUUGACCUCGACUCCAUUGCGACCGCAUCCGAUCAGAUUCAACGGACGACAACUCCUCAGCUUGGUAGCCCUUUGUCUGCUACACCGGUGCAACCUCCACCUAGAUCGAGCUCAGCGGCUACAGCGAGUGGCUUCGAUGACGAUGCAUGGACGCCCCGACCUAGUUCGACCAAGCCUCUCACCCCCAUACCCGCAACCUCUGCACCUCGAGCCCCAUCUGCGCCUCCUACAUCUGCACUGGCGGCAGCGCCUGCUGCACCUACACCUCCUCCCGCACCAGCAGCACCAGGACCUAUUUUACAAUCACAAUCUAGCCCUCCACCUGUUCGACCACAGAGCACUGGAUCCAACCUUGCUAAGACCACUGAAAGCGAUAUCUUCGAUCAGUUAGCGAGGUUGAGCCAAUAUAAAGCUCCUGUGAGGAAUAUGACAUCCCCACCUUCCGCCGUUCCUUCUAUCACUACUUCCCCGCCAAUUGGUUAUCAAUCAGGAUUGGGCAUGGGUCCGUCGCCGUCUCCAAUCGGCCAGCAUUUACAGGCGCAGCAGACUGGAAUGUUGCCUCCACCCCAACCGCAACAAUACACUGGUGCUCGAGGACCGUUUGCGCCAGUUCCUGCGAACGCAAGUCUGCUGCAGCCUCUAGUACCGACGACGACUGGAUUCAACUCAUUUGUGCCUACGAGGCCUCAAAGCACUCCAUCGAUGUUCCAGCCAUCGCAACAACCUCCGCCACAACCACCAUCGUUCCUCACCUCACAGCCGACAGGUUACCCUGGACAACAACAGCAAGGUAUAUUCGCUCAGCCAACGGGAUUCCAAACUUCUGGGCCGUUACUCUCACAACCUACUGGAUUACCGAAUAAUAACUUUGGCGGUAGUUUUGGAAAUAUACCCCCAGUACCCCCAUUACCCAUGAAUAACGGGUUUAAUCCUGUUCAAAGCAAUCCAACUGGGUUCAAUGCAGGAUUUGGCCAGUCGCCGUUCAAUCAAUCCAUAUCCCCCGCUCCUCCUGCGCAACCCCCGAAUGACACGUCACCUGCUAACGUCUUCGCCAAGAUGAAAAGCGGCACAUUCGGAACGAAUGACAAUUCGACGCCGCAAUCUGCAGACAAGUAUGAUAUGUUGCGCCAGAAUACAAUGCCCCUUAGUGCUCAGCCGACAGGGUGGGGAUAUGGCAUGGGUGGUAUGCAAACUGGAUAUGGCUACCAGCAAUAGCGAAGUCCGGAUGAGUCAAGAAACGCAUAAUACCAGUAUAUGACUACACUACAGAAGAUGAGGAGUAAUUAAGUUAAAUCAUGCCAGAACAGAGACCAAAAUCAGCUACUAUGGACGAUCUAUAAUACCCUGUACGUAUCCAACGCGAGUAAAGUACUCUCGAAGUCCUUCUCGAAUUUC